AUGUUUACGAUCGCACUCCCGCUUCUUUCUCUCGUCGCCUCCGUGCUCGCCAGACCUCAGUACGGCUACAGCCCCCCGCCCAGCGGCGGCAGCAGCGGCGGUAGCAGCGGUGGCUCAUCGUCUUCGUCUGCGGCGUCGGCUGCUGCUUCCCCGCCGCCCAGCACAAAUGGGCAGAUCAACGUUCAAGUUGGUGCUGGUGGCCAGUUUGUGUUCAACCCGGCGAACAUCACCGCUUCCAACGGGACCGUCGUGAACUUCUUCUUCCCUGGUGACAUCCCCCAUUCCGUCACCCAGUCGUCCUUCGCGGCCCCGUGUACUGCCUUGACGGCGCAGAACGGAUCGGGCCCCGGCUUCGACUCUGGCUUGCAGACCAACAAGCAGUUCUCGAUCACGAUCACCGACGACCAGACGCCAAUCUGGUUCCACUGCAAGCAGGUCACUCAUUGUGGUCUGGGCAUGGUCGGCUCGAUCAACGCGCCCGCGUCUGGCCAAUUUACUUUCGAUGCCUUCCAGUCGGCGGCCAAGGCCAUUGGCAGCAACGAGAAGACUGAGACUGACAACGGCCCAGUGACCGGUGGUGUUGGUGCCAUUGCCACUGCCGCACCCGCCAACACGGCGUCGGCCGCAGCCGCAUCAGGCUCUUCCGGCUCCUCGAGCUCAUCAGGCUCGAGCUCCGGUGCCUCUGCCCGCGCCGGUGUGACCGGUGCCGCGCUGCUCGCGCUCGUAUCUGGCGCUAUGGGUCUCACUCUUCUCGCUUAA